AUGCUAGCUCCAGCGGCAGUUGCAAUUACUGCGGGGCUACUGGCCCACCAACUUGUCUUUAUCCACGGAGAAUGGCAUCUGAAGGCCCCUACGGUCGUGGUUGUUCACCUUCUUUCCGGCAGUCUAUUAUAUGCGAACCAUUUGUUUGGUCAUGAAAGCGAUCGAGCCAGCUUAUCUCAGACAAUAUACUUAGCGACAUGCUAUCUGUCGGCACUGUUCACAAGCAUUGCAGUGUACCGACUCAUAUUUCAUCGAUUGAAACACUUCCCCGGCCCAAGAUUAGCGGCAGUAAGCAAAUUAUGGCAUGUUUGGGAAUGCCGUGACUCGCGUGGGCAUCUCAUCUUGCAGGCCUGGCACGAGAAAUAUGGGGAGUUUGUACGAACUGGUCCGGCCGAAAUUACCAUAUUCCACCCCGAGGCCUACGAGGCCAUGGAUGGUCCUGACAAUCGCAACACGCGCUCUGAUUGGUACGACCUUCUAUAUCCUCGGAUAUCCUCAAUCUUCACUCGCGACCGAGAGCUGCAUCACGAACGGCGGAAAAUGUGGGAGCAAGCGCUGAGCAGAAAAGUUGCUUUGGAACAAUCACGCCCUGUUCUCAUUAAUGACCUCAUGUAUUUCUUCGCUUUUGACUCGAUGGGUGAUUUUGCCUUCAGCGAAGAUUUCGGCAUGAUGAAGAACAAGAGGUGGCAUUCGUCGAUAGCCAUGCUGCGCUCGGCGCUCACGUUGCUGGGCCCCUUCAGUCCUGCGAUAUGGAUCCCCAGACUCGGGUUUGCAUUUAUUCCUUCGCUGUGGAAGGUCCGGCAUUGGUUUCAUAUGCUCGAGUUUUGUGAUCAAUGCAUGGCUCGACGGAUGGAGAAAACACCCUCCGAUCGCGAUAUUGCAUCUUGGUUUAUUGAAGACCAUGUCAGACACGGAUCAGAUCCCACGCGGGCGCGGUGGUUGAGCGGCGACACUGCGACGUUAGUUGUAGCUGGAAGGUCAGUAUAG